AUGUACGUAGACCUUGGCAGAGGCGUCUUCAUCAAGUCCUCUGCAUGGAGAGAGGUCAGCAAGGCUGUGAAAAGUUCCCUUUUUCUAAAGGAACUGGCUGCGGCCCUCUAUGGGCAAAAGGAGCUCAUGGAGAGAUCGGCCAAGGGCAAGCACUCACCCAGAUUUCCGAAUGAACCGAGGAAAAAGCCAAUCUCUCCCGUGAAGCUUAUGGUCAUGCAAGACUGCUACAAAAAGCGCCUCCAGGAUAUGGGCAUGCCGGAGAACCUCGCGGCUGAAGCCUCGGGCAAAGACGUGACAGGUCUCAUCAAUGAGAAAAUCGGGGACCUCAGGAAGCAGGCAAAGAGGGCAGAAGCUGCUGCUGCAGCCGCUGCAGCUAAGGCUAAGGAAGCAGCUCCCGUGGAAGCAGACUGA